AAUCGAUAUUUUUUUCCACAGUUUCGACGUAAAUACAUUCGCAAUCUUUAUGGAAGUCUUUAACCCUCAAAUGAACAUAACUUGUGACUACGAAAUUAAUGGAAGAGUUUUACUGUUGCCACUUCAAGGAAAGGGCAAAAGCGAAAUGACGCUUUAUAACUCAACGAUGACAGCUGAUGCAGAAUUCGAAAGGUAUGAGAGACAUGGAGAAAGUUAUCUAAAGCUCAAGAAACUUGAUUUUCACAUCAAAGACACAGAUCUGAAAGUAUAUUUCGAAAAUCUCUUUGGCAAGGAUUCAAAUUUAGGUAAAGAGAUGAACAGAUUAUUAAACGAAAACUCCAAAAUAAUCUUCAAAGAAAUUAAACCGGCUUAUGAAGAGAUUUGUAAACAGUUUAUCACUGAACUCGCGGAUAAAAUUUUUUACAACUUUCCAUUAAAGAAACUCCUUCCACCCGUGUAGGCAAUGACCAACUUUGUCGUCAC